AACAAAAGAGAACUGAUUUUUCCAAAGACCGGAUCCUUCUUCCAAGCAAUCUGUGUUCAUUUGCUGCCAUUUUAUGGGUACAUGGACCAGAAUGAGAUUUUGAUGACCCUCCUAUCCAAAGCGUGCCAUAAUUUCUGGAAAGAGAGCAGAGAAGUUGUUCUAAAGAAAUCCAUCAUCAAUAAAAGAAAAAUUGUUGUUAACCCUCUUACUGAUCAUAAAAGAUUGAGACUCAUCAAGCUACAGAAGAUGUACAAAUAUAUUGAUGUUAGCCUUCAUAUUGGGACAGAAGAAAUAGAGCUCACAACAUUUGAAUACUUCAUUUUCUUCUUGGCAAAUCCUUCAUUAUUAGGUCGAUUUGGGAACGAGUAUCCAAAUUUCAAGGAAAUCUGAUACGAUUUUGAACUUCAAGAGCCCAUUCAAAAUAUUUUUGUGAGGGAAGAAUCUAUACAGGAAGACGAUUUAAACAAAGUCAGAGAGGUACUUUUUGAUGCCUUUACUAUCAACGAAGUGUCGGUUUCCGAAUAUUAUCAGAAUCCAAAACAUACAAUCAUUGGAUCUCUAGAUCCAGAUGAAGACAAAAAAGCCAAAAAGAAAAGAUUAAAGGAUCUCCAAGGUCUCGUAACUACUCGUGAAAAGGUGAAGAUCCUGAAAAUUGACAGAGAUGACUUCAACCAGUUUGAAUCAGGAAAGCAAUGUAAUUGCGCUUCCGUACCUAAAAAGACAUCUCGCAGGAAUAGGAUAAAUUCGUAAGUUAGUUCUAAACAUCAGCUAAUUUGGCAUGUCUCGGGGGUGGCAUACACCUCCUUUUCUAUAGUCUCUGUCAAAAGUUCCAAACUCUUAGAAUUUUAAAGAGAUUUAAUGUUUAUGUGCUUAAGAAAGAGAGAAAAAUGACUCUUAAAGGUCCCCUCAGCAUUGAAUUUUGCCCUUCUAGUUCUUG